AUGGGAGGAUCGCAGUCCAUCAGUAAGAGCGAGAUGCACUCCAUCGCUAGUUUCACUGAACAGGACAUUCGGCGUUUGUACAGCAGGUUCCAAGCCUUGGACAAGGAUGGCAAUGGCCAAUUAGAUCCAUCAGAGCUACUUGGCGUUAAGGAGAUUUCAGAGAACCCUUUAGUACAGCGAGUUGUUAGUAUCUUCGACGUGGAUGGCAAUGGUACAGUAUCAUUCAUAGAGUUCUUAGUCGGCCUGGCUAGAGUGGCGGUCGGCUCCGAUGAGGAAGAAAAGCUCAAGUUCGCAUUUGAG